AAUACCAAGUCAUAACACGCAAUAAACGCUGGGUGCGAAGGUAAGGGAAAAAGCUCAAGUAUCUUCAAGGUUAGCCUGAUGUUGAUCUAAGUUUCUGCGUUUUGUAUUCUGGUAAAAUGUUUACCUGAAUUUACUCUUGACGAGUUUCCCGUGGUAUCGUCAACGGAGGCGUUUCUUGGCCUCGUUAAACCUAUGCAGCCUCCCAUCCUAGGCGGCUGGAGUGACCAAACAUUUCACUGAAAUUUAACAACACUUCGCAUGCCAUUUUCGUCCAUCUUAUCCACUGCAUUACAAAUUGGUACCAUUAGAGGCGCUCUAAUCGAAUCAUCAGUAACCUAACCUAAAAAAUUCGCAUGCACGCUAAUGGAUUUUAAAGUUAAAUAAAACAAACUGUACUGUUAAGACUUUUGAUACCCAUAAUAAUUGAUUGACGCAUGUUGUCUGUGACCUUGAAAUCGUAUCUAGCCAUUUUUUUUUCGAAUUAGAUUUACAGAUUUACAGGGAAAAAAAUCUAUUAGAAUUUGAGUGAAGCAUAGAAUACUUUAUUAUUAAGCUGAGGUUAAGUAACCCAGCAGGAAGGCAUGGUUUGCGAUGGCUUCACUCGCAAGCACUGUUUCUAGAGAAAGAUUUCUUAACGCUUUUGAAAAGAACGAAACACUGAAUAUAACAUGCCAAGAGAUCGCCUCAGAAAUACAAUCUGGACAUGCAAAGCUUUACGCAGUUGUGGAAGAGCUUGGACCUUUUAUUACAGACAAAGAUGUUAAUACACGAGAAAAGGGCAUUAAUGCUCUCUCAUCUAUUUUAUCCCAUUUACCCAAAGAAUAUUUGAAUGAAAAUGAAUUAAGUUUUGUAACAUCAUUUUACUGUGAUAGACUUAAAGAUCAUCAUAGCAUUAUACCGUCAGCAUUGAAAGGAAUAUUGGCAAUUGUUCAAAUGAAACAUUUGCCUCGGGAUUCACCCGAGCGUUUGUUCAGAGUUUUCUUUGACAAUGUUCAAUGUCAAUCUCAGCUAGUGUCUGACCGUCGCAACAUAUAUUUAAUAUUUACAACAUUACUACAGAAUAGAAUAGAAGACUUAAAAGCUAUGGGACCAGACUUUGUUUAUGGAGUUAUUACCUGUAUUGAUGGAGAAAGAGACCCUAGAAAUCUCAUGCUAUUAUUCAGCAUACUUCCACAGUUUAUACAAGAAUUUUCAUUAGGUCACUUAACUGAAGAAAUGUUUGAAGUCAUUGCAUGUUAUUUUCCAGUUGACUUUAAUCCUUCUGGAUCAGAGGAGGUAGGAAUAACACGCGAUGAUUUGGCAGAGAAAUUGGCACCGUGUCUCUGUGCUAUACCACAAUUCGCUGAAUUUUGUAUACCGCUUAUAACCGACAAAUUAUUUUCAAAUCUUAAAGUUGCCAAAUUAGACUCUAUGAAUUUGUUAUGCAAAGGCAUACAGACCUUUGGCAUAAAAGGCAUUGAAUCACAUUUAACAGAAUUAUGGUCUGCUUUGAGAAAAGACAUUAUGCCUGGUGUAGACUUAGAACUGAAAAAUGCAAGUUUUAAAACAGUUACAGCUAUCAUUGAACUUAUAUCAAGUAAUACUAAGCUUUGUGAAAGUUUCAUUGAUAGUAUAAUCACAGAUAUGAAGUCUUCUUUGUAUGACGUACAACUGAGUAUGUUUAGACCAGCUGUUAAAAUAUUAGAGUGUGUUGCAACAGUUAAUAAGGAAUCAUGUGUACAUGUGUUAAAAGUGAUAGUACCACUAUGUCUUGGUCAAUAUUCUGUCAAGACUUCAAUACCAGAUAAAGUUAUUUUAAUUGAAACAUUGAAUGGCUUCAUAAAAAUCAGUUCUGAACAUGGAUUUCAUAUCAACAGUGUUCCAGAGUUAUCCUGGACAGAUAUAAAACAACUAUACCUCAACGAACUAUCAAUACAGCAUAAAGAAUUACAGUCAUGGCUACUAGUUGGUUUAACAAUGCAGAAAUUGUAUUUAAGCAAAACACAUCGAAAUUCCCUUUAUGAGAAACUUUGCAGCCUGAUCGAAACAACUUGUAAUGAAAUGAGAACAAUUUGUCACGCGACUUUUCUAGCUUUUGCGUCGUUAUACCCUGAGGAAAUAUCAGAUGUAAUAAGAGAAAAGUUUAGAUUAGAAAUUGGUGAAGAAGCCAUAGAAGUACAAAUUCGUAAGCUAGAAGUUUUAGCAGCUGUCGCUAAAACAUACAAAUUAGGUAUUGAAGUACUUCCAUACAUUGUAUCCCAGAUGAAUGCUAUUAAUCCUGAAAUAAGCUUUACAGCUUUGACUUGUCUUCAGAGACUAGUUGCUACGAAAACUAUUGAUUAUGAUAUUCAACAUUACCUUCAUAAUGAAUGCAGUAUCAUUGAAAAAUUAACCGCUAUUAAUAUGAGUCCUGUGGAUUGGAGAUUGGAUCUGAUUUUAAAUAUUUGCCGAUUAAUUGUACGAAGCCUUACGUUCGAAGAGCAAGAAAGCAUUGUCAACAAAUAUUCUGAUAUUUUAAGCAAGAGCAUUUCAGAAACUGAUGCUGUUUUAAUCAUGAAUAUCUUCAUUCCAUUAAGGCAGAAUGUGAAUUUCACAUUGGGUCCAGAUUUGUUAGAUAAUUUAUGUAAUUUAGCUCUGAGCAACACUCAUUCCAAUGUAAGAUCUACAACGUGUAAAUUCAUAGCUGUUGUUCUAAACAAAAUGAACGAUCAUAGUGAAUGCUAUCAACGUGUGUUGUUAUAUUUUAAAGAGAAGAUAGAUAUUAGUCUACAGUCAAAUACUAAUAUCGAUGUGAAACAAGCGGCAGUUCUUUUACAAAUAUGGUUAACGAAAGCUGUAAUCACAAAAGGUUCCUGUGAUGUUGAAAUAUUUUUGAACAAACUUAUGAAUCUUUUCAAACAUGAUCAAGUAGGUCAACAAGUGGCCCAAGAAUAUAAAACUCUAACAAGUAAGCAGGAAGAUACUUUAGUACAAGAAAAUUUUUGUACCAUCAGAAUCUUUUAUAAACAAAGAGUAUUUGAGCAUUUAAUUAAAAACAAUCAUGAGUUUGAAGACUCGUCAAGACAGAGAUACCUAACUGCUUUAGUACACUUAUUAGAGGAAGUGCCUGUGGAACUUCUAUUUAUGCAUUUAACAAAGUUGGUACCACUUUUAAUAGAAUCCUUAUCUCUUGACAAUGAACAGUUAAUCUAUUCGACGUUAAUAACGUUAAAAGUUUUACUGGAGGCUAAACAUGUUAUUUUCUCUGACAAAGCACAAUGUUUUAUCCCGAAAUUCUUGAAACUGACUACUUAUAAGGCAAUGAGAGUCAGGAUAGCAGCUCUAGAAUGUUUAACAAAUUAUUGUAAUUACCCGACGAUUUUACUUAAUAUAUACAAGCAAGAUGUACUAGAAAAAUUAGCAUCAUCGCUUGACGAUCGAAAACGUUUAGUCCGAAAAGCUGCAGCGAAAGCCAGAACACAGUGGUUUUUGGUUGGUGCUCCAGGAGGGAUUCAAGAUUAAUAAUCUGUUUAUCCUAAGUGAAAUUAAAUUACUAAUAAAACGUUUAUCAAAUUCUUAGAUUUACUAUGUUGUAUUCUCGCUAUAUUGUACAUGAUGUACAUAAUUGAAUAAAGAAUUGAUUUCUAUAAUAGGAUUGAAACCUGAAAGCUACUCUUUAAUGCUUUUAGUA